AUGGCAAUAGAAGUGUGCUCUGAGAUACCCAUCACAGGAAUCAGCCCUCGCAUCUCGUUCUCACAUGAUCUGACGAACACAGAAGAUUCAGUCCCCAUUGAAGAUCAUAACCGUCGAUCAGACUUGUGCCUCUUGGAUUCUAGCUCAGACUUCGUUUUCUGUAUCACCAAUGGGUUAGCUCAACAACUCUCUUCAGCUGAUGAACUCUUCUCAAAUGGCAAGAUUGUUCCAAUGCAAAUCAAGAGAGUUUCCAAUGCCACAGAUGAACCCCAUCUUCCUGCAAAGCCUGCACGUCCUCGCUCUCAACCUUCGAGCACAAGAUGUACGGAAAAGAAGAGGCUCAAGGAGUUCCUCUCUGCAGCCUCUGAUGAUGCAGAUAACGAAGAUGAGAAGCCAUCAUCCAAGUACUUCUGGCAAUUCAAACGCAGUAGCAGUUUGAAUUUUGAUACCACUCGUGGGAUUAGCUUGAUUCGAUCGCUACAGUUCCUAUCACGAAGCAACUCAACUGGUUCAGUUCCAAAUCCAAAGCAAACAGAAACCCAGAAGCAGAGGUUUCAGAAACAGUCCUCUGCUUCAAGUAGAAGUUCAUCUCAAAAACCUUCAAUGAAGAAAAAUUGUGGAUCUUCUGGUAAUGGUGUUAGAAUUAGUCCUGUUUUAAAUCUACCACAUGCAUAUAUUCCCAAAGCUACUGCAAGAUUCUUUGGAUUUGGUUCACUAUUCUGUAAUGGAAAGAUUAAAAGAAAGAAGAAAUAG